AGGUUGGUGUGAGGAAUCUUUUUAGUAUUUGAAAUAGGAAGUAGCUAAGCUUAUUAAGACUUCAAUCAAGUCUUCUCCUUUUCUCAGUAGCAAGUGAUUUCAAUCGAGUUGUAAUUUCCUUCAAAAAUGGAGCAAAAUCCCCAAAUUCAACCUUCAAGAGUGAAAUUAGGCAGCCAAGGAUUGGAGGUUUCGAGAUUAGGAUUCGGGUGUGUGGGACUUUCAGGGGUAUACAAUGCUCCUUUAUCCCAUGAAGAAGGAUGUUCAGUCAUAAAAGAAGCGUAUAAUAGAGGUAUAACCUUCUUUGAUACAGCUGAUGCUUAUGGGGAUAAACAUGAUAAUGAGAUCAUGCUUGGCAAGGCACUAAAACAUCUUCCUAGAGAAAAAAUUCAAGUAUCAACUAAGUUCGGUGUUGUCAAAUGGGAAUCCGAGGGACAUCGUUUGUAUGCUGUCAAGGGUACUGCAGAGCACGUUCGAGCUUGCUGCGAAGCGAGUCUUAAGAGACUUGAUGUGGACUACAUCGAUUUGUACUUUCAACAUCGUGUUGAUACAUCAGUGCCAAUAGAAGAGACGAUGGGAGAGCUGAAGAAACUUGUGGAAGAAGGAAAGAUAAAAUACAUUGGAUUAUCAGAAGCUAAUGUUGAUACAAUAAAGAGAGCACAUAAAGUUCAUCCUAUUACUGCCUUACAAAUGGAGUAUUCACUAUGGACUCGUGAAAUCGAAGACGAAUUCAUUCCGCUUUGUCGAGAGCUUGGGAUUGGGAUAGUGGCAUAUAGUCCUCUUGGUAGGGGCUUUUUUGGAGGAAAGGUUGUUGAUGAAGCUAUGCCAAAUGGCAGCCUUUUGGCAAACUAUCCAAGGUUCAAUGGAGAGAAUCUAGAGAAGAACAAACUGUUGUAUACUCGAGUUUCGAACUUGGCUGUAAAACAUGGUUGCACAGUUCCUCAACUUGCAUUGGCAUGGCUUCUACAUCAAGGAGAUGAUAUUGUCCCUAUCCCUGGGACAACUAAGGUUAAGAACAUGGUCAACAAUGCUGGAUGCUUGGGAUUGAAGCUUAGUGAAGAUGAUUUGAAAGAAAUUGGUGAUGCUGUGCCGGUUGAUGAAGUGGUUGGUGAAAGAGAAUUAGGUGUAUUCUCUAAAUAUGAUUGGAAGUUUGCUAAUACUCCAUUGAAGUGAAAAAAAUGCACCAUUGUUGAGAAUUAUUGUCACUUUGCUGAUGUGAAUUUCACCCACUUUGUGCUCCCUUUGUAGUGCCAAAUAAAAUGCAUGACUGAACUGGUGAUUUGUCAAAUCUCAUGGGCUUUGAAAGAAAAUGUGAAUUUUUUGAA